CUGAAGUCAAAAUUGUGCUUAUUUGUUGUUGGCAUUUGCUUUUUCACUCACACUCGCACAAGCACAACCACCUGAAACACAAAGAAGAACAACACUUGCUGUCGCUUCUUCACUGGCUCUUUCCUCCACCACAACUACCACCACUACCACCACAAGAAAAGAAAACAAGAAAGAGAGAGAAAAAGUAAUAGAAACUUUUCUCUUGUUUCUUCCAUGGACUCAAAGUUCAUCGGAAAACCGCCGACAACGGUGGACCUAGAGCGGAUGCCGGAGCGUGGCUCCCACCACCGACGCUCUCACUCCGAUACUAGUUUCCGUUUCGCCGCCACCUUUGAUGACCUCCUCAUGUUCGACCCUUCCGACCUCGACAUCUCCAACCUCCCUCUCCCGUCGCACUCCGGCGGAGAAACUGGCGGUGGCGGCGGCGGCCCGAUGGCGGUGGAUUCGGAUGAGUCUGGUGGGAGGCCUUCCGCGGCGGCUGGCCCGCACGCCUCGCACCUCCGGAGCUUGUCCGUGGACUCUGACUUCUUUGACAGUAUUGGAUUCUCCGGCGGUGGGGAGGAGAAAAUCAACGGGAAGUGCGGCGGCGAGAGGAGGGUGAGUCACCACCGGCACAGUAAUUCGAUGGACGGGUCUUCUACGACGUCGUUUGAGGCUGACUCGUUGAUGAUGUUGGACGGUGUGAAGAAGUCAAUGGCACCUGAUAAACUCGCUGAGCUUGCUCUUAUUGAUCCAAAGAGAGCUAAGAGGAUUCUUGCUAAUAGACAAUCUGCUGCGCGAUCAAAGGAGAGGAAAACGCGUUAUACAAGUGAGCUGGAGAGGAAGGUGCAAACGCUUCAAACUGAAGCAACUAAUCUCUCUGCUCAGCUCACCAUGCUUCAGAGAGACACCACAGAUUUGACCGCCGAGAAUAAGGAGCUCAAACUGCGGUUAGAGGCGUUGGAACAAGAAGCUCAGCUUAGAGAAGAUCUCAAUGAGGCAUUGAAGGAAGAACUACAGCGCCUUAGGGCACAAAAUAAUCGUUUAAGUUCUGUUGGUGGUAAUCCUUCUUUCGGUGGGAUCUACUCCCAUUUGGCUUCCCAGCUAGCCAUGCAACAGUUGAAUGAUCCUCCAACUCAGCAGGGACAGCCUCGCAUGCGGGCUUCUUUCAACGGGCAUGGCCACCCUAACUUCAGGGACUUUAAUCAGAAGUAGAUAACAGAAGCAGUGAAUGAUUGGUUAAAACUUAAAAGGAAUAUUGAUCACACGUAACAUCUUGUAUAUAUAUAUAUAUACAUGUGAGUAUGUAUGCAUUUAUGUACUUAGUAUGUAAUACAAAUGAGGCUUGUGAAGGAUGUUAUUUGUGCAGUUCAUUGUCCUUAGUACGAUGUUCUUAUUUAUUUGUCA